UUGCUGCGGUUGAACGGACGAGCCUUCGUCCAAACUGAAGCUUUCGUCCAAAGUGGAGCCUUCGUCCAAACUAGGGCCUUCGUCCAAAGUGGAGCCUUCGUCCAACGUGGAGUCUUCGUCCAAAAUGGAGCCUUCGUCCAAAGUGGAGCCUUCGCCCAAAAUGGAGCCUAUGGACCCCACAGACUCCACGACACCUGAUAAUCAAAACUCGCUAUCGGAUUAUUCAGAACAGGUAUUCGUAAAGGACCGAUCAUGCACCGAUUUUUUUGUUAUAAUUGUCCUAUUCGUGCUGGUGGGUGGUUUUGUCUUAAUGAUGACGAAUGUGAUGAAAGAGGGUGACAUAUACCGCGUGAUAAAUGGAUACGAUGAUUAUGGAAAUGUAUGUGGUCGUGUAACUCCGGACGAUCCGGAACGUGAGGGUAAGGGUGCUGAUUACACCCACAAACCGUAUCUCAAGAUGGAUUUGAAUAUAACUAUAUCCACGUACGAGAAAGAAAAAAAUAAUUCCGUGACUCGAUUAUCGGUGCACGUGAAAAAACGUACAUGCGAGAGGUGCUGUGCAGAGGAUGAGUUUAAAGUUUCAUGCAGUAAAUAUAAACUUAAUUAUUUUUUCUUCCAAUUGUUUUUUCUAACAACAAUUUCCGUUUCUCUGUCUCGUAGAAUAUUAUUCCUAAAGCGCUGUAUUAAUAAGACAAUUGACAACUCCACAAGGUUCGACCCUAGUCAUUUCAGUAACGCAGUUACUGAUGUGAUAAUCGUAUGGCGUGAAUUGAUUUACCUUUUGCUUAUAGCUUUAACACUUUCCGUCGGUAUCCUGGUAGCCUUCCGCUAUAUGAUACAAUAUAUCAUUUAUGUCAUAUUGAUCGGCACAGUUUUGACUUGCAACGGUGGCACAACGUACCUCUGGCUAGCGUGGUACCAGGAAAAAGAGAGUGUGGAAAGAUGCGAGAUCUAUGAGGAGAAUUCCAGCGUGGAACCCUACUUUAUCUACGCUACUAUUAUGUCUGUUGUUUCUGUGAUUGUUUUUCCAGUGGUUCUAGUGAUGAGAAAAAGAAUCAAACUAGUCAUACAGCUUUUCCGAGAGGCGAGUAAAGCUGUGUAUUCAAUGCCGGCGUUGCUAUUUCAGCCUCUUUACACCUACUUGCUGAUUGGAUCUACUGCAAUAGCAUGGUUAUACUGUAGGCUAUGGAUAAGUAGCGCCGAAAAUGACGGUGAUAACAUUGAGUUGAUUUGGGAAAAUGAAAUCGAGAUAGUUAAUUCCAAGGAAGAUGCAUUUUUUAUUGUAUGGGAAUGGUACAAUCAAUGUUUAUUCAUCGUGGUGUGUUCAUUCUAUUUGGGUUGCCAACAUAUGAUCGUUGCUUGUGCUGUUGCCCAAUGGUUCUUUACAAGGGAUAAAAGACGUCUCUCUUCACCAGUAGCAAAAAGCUUCGGAUAUGUUAUAAGAUAUCACUUGGGUACCGUGGCUUUCGGAGCAUUAAUAUAUUUUAUCAUCGAAAUUUUACAAUUUUAUAGAUUAAUAUUAGGUAUAAUUAAAGUUAUCAGAGCCAUGAUAACUUUCAUCCAAAAGUUUCUGAAAAGGUAUGACAACUCAUGCGUGAAAAGAAUCUUAUGCUGUUGUCAAUGUUGUCUUUGGUGUCCUGAUCGCGCUGUAAAACUUGCUAAUAAAAAUAUUUAUGUCGAAACAGCCAUAUAUGGAUGCAACUUUAACACCGCUGGAAAAAAGACGUUGCAGGUAACCAACAAUUUGCGAGAAGCGGCGAUUGACUACGUUGGCGUCUUCGUCCUUUUUUUGGGUAAAAUCCUCGUUGUCACUCUUACGGUCGUUUCGGGGGUAUACUUGAUACAGAAAAAGAAGGGGCUUAAUCAUCCUUGGAUACCAAUCACUCUCGCGGGGAUAUUCGCAUUCCUGGUUUCGCAUUGUUUCAUAUCAAUCUAUGAAGUUAUUAUUGAUACAAUAUUUAUAUGCUUCUGCGAGGAUUGCGAGAAGAAUGACGGCAUCAACCGACCUUAUUUUAUGAGCCGUGGUUUGAUGGAAUUCGUGAAGAACAGGAAAAAAGCUGUAAGGCAUUUGGAACAAUAAGGUGCUGCAGCUACAUAACAAGCAUUAGACAUUAAGAAUAGAUUUUUUUUAAAUAUAUCACUUUAAAAAAUUCGAUGUUCGGUCAGUAUAA